CUGAUGUCUCAAGUGGUGAUGAGCGCGGUCGGACGCCUCUUCAUGUGGCAGCAGGAGAAGGCCAUUUAAACACCGUUGGCUUCUUGCUGCAGCAGGGAGCAGAUGUGAAUGCCACUGACUGUUAUGAAGAAACUCCACUUCAAGAUGCCAUACGCUGCAAGAGUUUGGAGGUGGUGGAGCUGUUAAUUUCUGCAGGGGCACGUUUGGAAAAAUCCUCAGAGGAACUUGGGGUUGAGAUGUGCUGUCUUGCAUUCCUUGGAGACACAGAACAAAUGGAGGCUUGGAAGCAAGCUGGAGUCAGUUUUAACGCUUCUGAUGCUCACGGUCGAACUCCCUUACAUGUGGCGGUGUGCACUGAUCAACCUGAAAUGGUGAAGUUCUGUAUCCGCAGUGGAUCCAACCUUGAGCAAAGAGACAGGUUCAACAACAGGCCCAUAGAUGAUGCUCAGAGACUAGGCUUACAACACAUGGUGGAGAUGUUGACUUAUUAAGCUCAUUCGCUGAACCAGGAAGCCCAGAAGGAGCGGCAGGCUGUAUUUUUUAAGAGAGUUCAUAGUUUACAGUUCUUUGCCAUUUGUUUUUUCAGAUCAUAAAACAUUUUAAUGCAAAAUAUUGUUAAUUGUAAUUUUUAAGAGCAUUAUUAUAGAAAGAAUUGAUGAAGAGGUUCAUGUAGAAACCUUCUUUUAAUGUUAUUUGGCCCAACUAAAAUAGGUCAAUGAAACAAUAAAUCAGCAUUAUUCAAUAUUCAGUUUUUUUUUUCUUAAGCAGA